AGUGACAGGUCAGAGUGGAGGUAAGCAGUGGGUCUGUGCGGGGAGCGGAGCGUUAGACAGUGUGAGGGAGUGAGUGAGUGAGGAGCACUGACACUGACACACGGCUGCACUGCCCCUGCACUGCACUGCCGGACACCUGCCAACCUGAGGGAACCCUCGACCAAAGCUCCUUGGCCGUAAAAGGUACAAAGAAAAAGUCGAAGCGGCAAAAGCGGACUGAUGCCAUGGAUCUGUCUGACACUGAAGAGCUGGACAGUGACGACGAAGUCUUUGCCCAGGACCUGACGGCCCCCGACAGCGGCUACAGCGACAACACCUCUGGCACCCACGAGUCUCUGACGUGGCGUGCCACACGCUCGCGGCUGCGCUCUCCGAUAAACUCGGUCCACUUCUGCGGCCCCGGAUGCGGUCGGCAGGUGCAGUGUGACAAGGCCACCCAGACCCCCACCUCUAUCCCCGGGUCAGACCUCGCAGAGCCCAGCUUACCAGGCGGAGUUGGAGCACACCCUCGAAGACUGUUUUAUGGGAAUGCAGGAUAUCGGCUGGGUUCUCCGGAGGUGUUUGAAGUGCCACGGUCCAGUGGCCUCCCCCAUCAAGGCCGAGGGGAUGGAAUGCCAAUGGAGCUGCAGCCUGAGGACAGAGUGGAGGUCGGGAUUGGCCGGAAGCUGCAGCAGAUCGGGGACCAGUUUCACAGCUCCUGCAUGGAGAGGCAUCACAGGAUGGAAAACCACGUGGACCAGCCAUUCUGGUGGAGACUUCUUGUCCUCCUCUUUGCUAUGAUCUUUGACCCAGAAGAGAAUAGGGCAAUGCCAGGUCAAAGAUGAGAUCCAGACACCAACCCCUCCACCCACCACCCCGCACCACAAAAGCAUCAGAGUGUGUUGCAAAUGGCACUAAACAAGGGAACAACAGAACGGGUUUGAAGACGCACGCCGCUGGCCGGAUGCUAUUGCCUUUUUCUACACGAAGCAGCGCUUCCGACAGAACUCCAGGACAAUACGUGGCUGUUCUCUAUCCCAUCUCUCGGCAGCUCCUCUUCCUUCAAAGGCUCAUUCAUUAACUCCUGGAUCCCAACGGCAUCGUUGGAAAAGAACGUGGCUUUUCCCUCUUCUCAUUCCUGCCACGCUGGCGAAGCUUCUGAGUUCCAAAACCAGAAACUCAAAGCAAAACAAGGGAGUGGGGAGCUCCUUGACCUCAGGAUUCCUUUCAAAUGUCUUCAGGACUUGUGUGGAACAAGCCUAACUGGUUGCUCGACCCUUAACGCUGGUCGUGUGCAAACUAAGGGUUGUAGCAGUGUAACCUCAUUGAGUAACCUCUCCAGGAACUCAAUUCUUUUCGUAAGAACCGCUUUCUUAACACCUUGAGUGCCUUGAGUGUUUAUCUUCAUUUUUAUGAGAGAGCCAUUGGGCCGUUUCAUGGAUGAAGUUUAUUUAGGCUCUUGUGUUAUAAAUACUGUGGGUUUGGAGUUUUACUGUGUAGAUGGUGGAAAUGAACCCUACCAAGUGCUCACUUAGGCAGUCAUUUGGCCUUGAUUGGCAAAGCCCCAAUACCGGCAAUGAAAAUCUUUUUGUGGGAUAUUUUUGUCCUCCAUCUCCAGUCUUGGAACGGAAUGAAAAUUGAACCAAAUACUGCAGUUAAGGUCUUGCCGGAGGUCGGGAGAUGAGAGUGGGAGAGGAUGACACACAGCAGUUACUCUUUGAAGAAAGCUGUCAUCUCUUGUUUACUCUCUAGCCAGCAGACCUCCCUAUUCUGCUGGACCGAAUUAAUCGGAUGGAUUUUUGUGGUUAGGUUCAAAUGCUUAGUUAUCUCUUGAGUUGUAAUCUAUGAGUUUGAUUCCAAACAUGGGUAGUGGGCAUCAGCCCACAAUUCUGCUCUGACAUGAAUUGCAACCAAAAUUGGUAUGUUCAGUUCACAAAGAGUAAGAAGGAAGAAUGUAGGGACAGGGUACCACAUGGACCAAGUGUGCUUCUGUGGAAGGGCAUUGAAGCCUAUUGACGUUUAAUGUAGAAGGAGCUCCACAUUAUCUGUGAUUUCUCCCGGUCUUAGGUCUUAGGGUUACCACUUGAAAACUCCCCAUGAGGACCUCUUUAUUUCUUCUGUAAUAGUGUAAUUUUGGCUUGAGUGACUGACAGCUACAGGUGGGGAAUGAAACUGCCAACUUUAAAACCUCUGGAGAAUGCUGGCAGAUGCCCGAAGCUUAGCAGAUAUGUUGCUAUUGUUGUUUAGGAACAAGCUGCAUCACAUUCACACUUGAUGAUAUGACCACUAUGUUGACAGGUACAGCUUCUUUGGAGAUCUUAGGAUUUGACAUCCCUGUACAAUACCCAGUAGCAAUAAUAAUAAUCCUUACAUUUGAUAUAGCGCCUUAUCACGUCGU